AUGGCAUGCAUAUCAUCACGUUAUCAGCAACUAUCACAGGUAAGCAAAUGGAUGAGGAGAGGGAAGAAACAUCAUCACCUCACCGUCACAAUCACCGUCACCGUCACCGUCACUGUCACCGUCAUAGCAGCAUCAUCAUCAGCAUCAUCAGCAUCAGCAGCAUCAGCAUCAGAGCAUCAGCAUCAGCAGCAUCAGCAGCAGCAGCAGCAGCUCUACCCUAUCCGAGGCGCUGAUCACUGA